UCGCGGGCUGUGGCCUGCCUGGGGAAAGGACGGGGGCGCGCGGGGAAGAACCAAGGAGUCGCGCGGCGCAGGAGGGCAGCACGCGACUCCCUCGCGGGCUCUCCGAUGUGUCCGAGGCCGGGAUGGCCCGCCAAAGCCUUGGAUUCAUGGCCCUCUUUCUUUGGUUUCAGAGAGUUGUUGCAAAUGUACCCAUCGUUAUUGGCAUAAUUGGAGGUACUGCUGAAAUGGAAUGCUUUUAUUAUGGAAAAGAACCAUUCGUCCUGAAUAAAUUUAGAAUAAUAUGGCAAGAAAAAGAAGAAAGGUUUUGCCCCAUAGAUAUCUAUUCUCCUGGUGAAGAUUUGAAGUCCAGCCAGUGCAACGAAUUCCAAAACAGGACUCUAUUCAGUGAGCAGCUGAAGAAGGGCAACUUUUCCCUGAGACUGUCAAACAUCCAUCCUGAUGAUGACAAAACAUAUAAAUGUGUAGUACUGAAAAACGAAUCAGGAAUGUUUUUGCUCUAUAAUGAAUCCAUUGUAACCCUCAAAGUGGCAGCACACUACAGUAAACCAGUUAUAAACAUUACUGAGCAACCUGGUGAAGAAAUGAUACUUGUUUGCCAUUCUAGCCAUGGAUAUCCUCAGGCAAAUCUUAAGUGGAUAAAUCAAACUGACAACAACCCUUUGAAUGCAACUGAAUUGAAUGCUACUAGAAACUCUAAUGGGACUUUCAGUAUCUCCAGCACUUUAAGGAUUAAAGCAACCUCUGAUACAAAGUUAGGAUGUCGAAUUGAAAAUCCACUGCUGCAUCAGAAUAUAACUACAACCUUUAUAUUUGGCAAAGAGAGCCCUCGAAACAGUUCUAUAAUUGAUCGCAGCCCUGGUCCUGUGGCCAGUGGUGUUGUAAUAAUUGCUGUAAUAGUGAUUGCUAUUAUUAUGUUCACCUUCUGCUGGAAUAAAAGGAGGCGUUCUCAUCAAAAAGCAUAUGCUGGUGUGUGUAAAAAUGAAGAAGCAGAGCACUGCAAUGGUGCUGUUGAACUAGAAAACAUCUAGAGGUGCUGAACUGCUGGAGAGAAAGCUAAAUGACAUAGCAACAUUACUGUGAAGCAUUCCUUCAAAUAUGGGCCUGUGCUCAUACUUUGGUCUUUUGCACUGCCAGGAGGACUAUCUACCCACAAUUCUACUGGUGGAAGGCACAAUUCUACCUUGUGUAUAACUUUACAGACUAGACUGUAAAGUUAGCCUUCUGGAAAGGAUCUACUUUUUUGGACACCCCAAGACUUCUGUUUCAGAAAACCUAGAACAUAUGUUUAAGUUACUUAAAAUUGUGUCACUUGGUACAGAACUUAAGUACAGCUGCGUGGAAGUUAAUCAUGAUGGUGAACUGAUGCUAAUAGGAGCCCCCUGUGGCACAGGGGGUUAAACCCCUGUGCUGGCAGGACUGAAGACUGACAGGUUGCAGGUUCAAAUCUGGAGAGCGCAGAUGAGCUCCCUCUAUCAGCUCCAGCUCCCCAUGCGGUGACAUGAGAGAAGCCUCCCACAAGGAUGGUUACACAUCAAAAACAUCCAGGCAAUGUCCUCUGGGCAACGUCCUUGCAGACAGCCAAUUCUCUCACACCACAAGCGACUUGCAGUUUCUCAAGUCACUCCUGACACGACAAAAAAAAAAAACGGAUGCUAAUUGAAUUAUUGGAUGUUUCCAGAUUCAGAAAGUAUAUGAGAAAACACCUACUCCUGGAUAACCAGUGUGCAGGAAGGCAUUCAGGCCUCAUUUGUGAAUUUCCAAAUCGUGCCUUGUUGGCUGCUGUGGGAACUACAUUAAGCCCUGAUUAUAUGCUGAAGUUUGAUUCUAGGUUCCCCCUUGGCUAUUGAAAUCCAUGGAUGCUGAAGUUUCACUAUAUACAAUGGUGUCGUGAAAUGGUGCCAUAUCCCAUUUCCAGGAAUAGUUGCGAAAGCUGGAUAGUGAAAAAAAACUAUUAGAAAGAAAAUCAACUCAUUUGAGAUGUGAUGCUGGAGAAAAGUUCUAUGAAUACCUAAAAGCUAAAUAAAUGAGUUCUUGCGCAAGUCAAAAUGACUACGCUGAGGCAAUUAUACUUUGGCCAUAACAAGAAAAAAAAACAUGACAAAGUAGUAAGGUGAAUAACAAUCGGACAAGAGAAAUUCCAGGUGGAAAGAUGCAGCGAAGGAAGCCAUGGCCUUGUCUACAGUCUGAUGAGAAUGGAGUGACAUGGAGAUCUCUUAUUUGUGACGUUAUUGACUUGAUGGUAGCUAACAACAAAGUAAAAUGGCAUCCCUUAUAUAAAAGGGUGAACAACUCAAACAAGUGACAGAGGGAGUCUGAGUAUCUGUAAAAUGGUGCAAAGCUACAACAGGGUAUGCCUGAACAUCAGCAUAGUGCUAAAUUAAAGUUUGUUUGGGGGAUUUUUUAAAUAUAUGCAAGCCAUGAUUGGUUGAAUCUGUGGGUGCAGAACCUAUGUAAAGAUAUAGAGAGCUGACCGAACAAUGCUGUAUGAGAUAACUCUUGAUCUUAUCCAACAGUGUGAUUAAGUUCUAAUGUGUUGUGGUCAAAGAAGGAGACAAUGUUCCAGCCCAACAUUCCAAUGUUAGUGUAGAAUAUGAGGGAUUCUUAGAAGAAAGUAGCCCCCAGCAUGACGCCCAGAGUUAGGUUUAAUGCUUAUUGAGAGAAGACUAUAUACAUAUAUACAUAGUUAAAUGAAAAGUGAGGCGGUGCAUACUCGGACAACUCCAGCAGCCAAACAGGUCCAAUCAUCAGUUGAAAACACAGUGCCAUGUGCUGGGCAUUGCUAGAACUGAAAUGUUUUAAGCAAUUGAUCCUAUGACUUCAGUAGCCUCAUCACAAUCUGAAACUGAACAUGUGCCACUUUAACCAUGUCACAUUCAUUUAUGUGGGUGCUGCGUCUGCCAGGAACAGGAAAUGCAUCAAUCAAGCAUCUUCUCAAAUGUUUCACUCAGUAACCCUGGUGGGUUAAACCCUUGUGCUGACAAGACUAAAGACUGACAGGUCGGAGGUUUGAAUCUAGAGAGAGCACGCAUGAGCACUUUCUGUCAGCUCCAGCUCCCCAUGCGGGGACAUGAGAGAAACCUCCCAUAACGAUGGUAAAACAUCAAAACAUCUGGGCAUCCCCUGGGCAAUGUCCUUGCAGAUGGCCAAUUCUCUUAUACCAAGUGUGACUUGCAGUUUCUCAAGUUGCUCCUGACAUUUUAAAAAAAUCUCAGUAACAGGGUGCACAGCCAAAUUUUAACUUUGAGAGGAAGAGUUAUUUUAGAAAAUCUCUUAGAAAGUUGGAACAUGACUGAAUACUUUCCUAACACUCUUCAGGAACAGUACCCAUUGGCUUACAGCUAUAGUCUUGGCUGCAACAGCCAAACAAUCCAAAAGCUUGCAUUUUGAGCUAAGCAAGGUUUCAAAGAUGGAAACUUUCAGGCAGUAGAUUAAAGAAUUGUCAAACAUCAUCUCUGUGUUUGUGCCAAUAUUUAUUUAUCAUGUCAGGGGCAACCACACCAUUGUAUUACAUUUCUAACUGAACAAAACAAACAAACAGAUAAAAAAACAAAGUUUGCAAGCUUGGUAGUUGAUUAAAUGUCCUUUGACCAGUAUCUGGCCACUUGGAGUGCCUCUGGUAUUGCCGCAAGAAGGUCCUCCAUUGUGCAUGUAGCAGGGCUCAGGUUGCAUUGCAGCAGGUGGUCAGUGGUUUGCUCUUCUCCACACUCGCAUGUCGUGGAUUCCACUUUGUGGCCCCAUUUCUUAAGGUUGGCUCUGCAUUUCGUGGUGUCAGAGCGCAGUCAAUAAUGUGGUAGAUAUUUUCAGGUCCAGAACACAACAUAUUUUAGAUGUGUAGACAACUGCCAACAACUACUUUGCACAUGUGAACAUUGUACACAUUGGGAUCAAUGCCAGGCUCUAGAUUUGAACCAGUGUUUUUGUGAGUUGUUAACUUAAACUCACAGUAAAUGUUAUUUUAAUCUUUUGAGAUUGUGCCACUGAGCUAGUUGUGAUAACAAGAGAAGAUCAGGAUCUGAAACUGAAUCUGAACUUUACUACCAAACUAUAUAAGGAUGCAAAUUCAACCAUAAGAUUUGAGAACAGUGCGUAAAUAGAAAAGUACAUGCAUCUGAUAAUUAAGGGGAACGAAAAUGUAAAUAUAGAGAAUACAGAAAAUUCAUAUAUGAAACUAGAUGGCACAGUCAAGAGGUAGAGAUAUAAAGAAAGUUAUUAUACAUACCUGAAAGACUAAUCCUUCCUAACAUUUGAUCAGUCAGUAGUUUAUCAUGUUUCCAUCUGCAUAGCGGAUCAAUCUACGACAAAAGUUCCCAAAGUUGUAUCAAUGGACACUGUGAAUGAUGUUCAUGGUUGGUGUGCUAACUCUGAAUCAAGGGAGGCCAGAUGACAAGCAAGGUGUCUAGAGCUCAGGGAAUUGUAAUAAAUGUAUCAAUUUGAGUUUUAUUGGAUGGAUCACUCCAGUGUUAACCUUAACCUACUAUAUUGACAACAUCUACUUUUUCACCACAAAUUGGUUCAUUUUGCACUUUUCAAGUAUAACCAUAGCAUUAGAUGUUCUCAAGAUAACUUUUUACCACCCAAAUAAUUAUACUUUUGCCAUACUAAGCCCAAACUUUUGUUAAGUUGUAUAUUUUUUCUGGUUUCUGUGAUAACUUAUUCUAUAAAUAAUGAGCAUAGCCUGAAGAGAAACACUUUAAGUUAGAGAGGAGAAAAUGUUGUUUUAGAUUUCACUCGGUUUCUUUUUUCCCAAACAUAAGUUUGUUUCAUCUUAUUCUUGUAUGUUAUGCAUUACAAGACUGUAUGAACAUUUCUAUGCAUCUUCAUGUACAUGUCUCUUCAUAUAUUCUCUUUGCUAUGUACUUUAAUUCAACAUAUGGAUUUUGGUAACUAUUUCCCCAAAACCAAUGUCAUCUCAUUCAUUUACAAAUCGUACUGUCCACUUAGCCAUAGAUGAUGCAUUUCUGUGUUCAUUGUUUAACUAAAAAAUUACAUGAUUUUUAAGAAGAUGUGCACACUAAAAUAUAAUUGAGUUUUGAUUUGUAUCGUAUUUGGGUUCAGGGAAUGAAAAAUGGAUAUCAACUGAAUGGUUUUCUCCCCUAUUUGUUUCUAGAGCUAAUUGUAAUUGAAACUUUGAUCAGGUCAGAAGUCCUGCAGUAAUUUUGUUAGGGAUUCAACAGACCAUUCAUGAUAAUAUUGCUACAGUCUUCCAACUGAGUUCUGAACACUUGGGAAAGCAUUGUCAGGCAUGUUUCCUAAGUAAACAUGCCUGAAUCUUCCAUUUAAACAGUGCUAUACUGCAUUGUAGAUAAGCUGAAAGCCAUGCAUUAAUCAAAUACUUUACUUACUUAGAUGUUACACAUUUAGAAAACCGUUUGGCUUUGGUAAAAGCCUUUAAAAAUUAGGUGAAUGUUUAUUUUGAAAACUCCUUUCUUUUCAUUAUAGUGUCUUCCAAGCUACAUUUGUAUUACUUAACUAGUUCUUGCUCUAGUAUGUAAAUAAUUUUGUCAUAUGUUUUUUAAAUUGCAUUUUUCAAUAAAUGGCUCCCUAGUUUUGUAUAUUU